GUCCGCAAGAAAGUGUCGAAUUGUCAAAUUUACAAAUGGCGAAAUGUGUUUUUUUAGUUUUUUCAUUAAUUCCAAAAAAUUUUUAUUUGACUUUUGUUUUAAAAAUUUAUUUACUCAGGAUUUAUUGGAAUAACCCACUUUACGUUACUUCUCUACCAACACUUAUGCAGAAUCCAGAGAAUAUUUCUAAUCCUCAUCAAGCACUUUAUGAAGAUUUAUUUUCCAAGUUGAAUCCACUGGGCAAAGAUGAAAUCGAUUCAGCCAGCAUUGCCGCUUUUUUAAGAACUGCUAAAGACGUUAAUACGGCGCAGCUUUCCCAGAUUUGGGAAACAGCUUGUGAAUCGAGUGGCUUUGUAAAUCGUGGAUUUCUGAACAAAUUGGGCAUUUUUAUGUGUUUUAAGCUUGUAGCUGCUGUUCAACAAGGCUUUCAAAUUUCACAAGAAAUUUUGUGUAAUCGAUCUCUUGAACCUCCUCGAUUCGAAAUUGCAUCUGGUUAUAAUUUGCUUUCCCGACAACAGAGUACCACAUCUGCUUUAGCUGAAGAAAAUUGGGCCAUCGGCUUAAAUGAUCUGCAAAAAUAUGAGGCUAUAUUUAACAGCCUUGGCCCUGUUGAUGGCCGUUUAAGUGGAAAUCAAUGUCGACCAGUGCUUUUGAACUCACAACUGCCUAAAGGAAUACUGGCAAAGAUUUGGGAUUUGGCUGACAUUGAUGCCGACGGAUUUUUAGAUAAACCAGAAUUUUGUGUGGCGCUUCAUUUAGUCUACAGAUCAUUACAAAAUGAUCCGUUGCCUGAGAGACUUCCACUCGCGCUUGUUCCACCAGAAAAGCGAAUGUUAUCACGUCAGAUGUGUCCUCGGUCAGAUGAUCUCCCCUCAACACAUCCUCCUCGUAUGUUAAUAAUUUAUUUAAAAAUUAAUUUUAAACCAUAG